GCCACUUUAAUUAUAUGCUCCAUCCUUCCAUGUGGCCGGGACCUCCGAUGCCUUCCUGCCAGUUCCAGUAGAAGGUCUGACCCAUGGAACCAGACGCUGGCGGCCCCGCCGACCCAAUAGUAAGCAACGCUGCUACCGCAGCACAGGCUGACCCCCGGUACGCAUACCGCUCACCGCACGGUAACUUAAGGUAUCGCCGGAACCGAACAUCCUCCGAGCGACCCAACCAGUGAUGGUGCGUACCGCUUACCGUGAACCGGGAGGAAAAUGGAACCUAAUUCACCGGGCUGGGUGCUUUGGUCCCCGCGCCGUGUACCAAUCAGCUGCCGUGAGACUACGGUUCGGAGCGCUCCUUUCCCUGCUGGACCCAACCAGAAUCGAGGCGUCGGUAACUCAAGGGCUCCCUCUACAGUCUACGCAGUCUACGCCAAUGGGAUGGCGCCGCGGCUGUCGCUUAACCUUGGGAGACUUGGACUGACUUGCAUCAUCCGUACCCACCCCAAAAUGAGCGGAUUUUGCGGGGACAUUCUUAGCCCAGCAAUGGACUCUCCACUUGAUCGUUUUCCACUUUCCAGUGUUCUUCGAUCGGGGGGUGUAUCUCUCUAUCAUUCGUCUACGGACAUCGUUCUUAUUUUUGGCCCCCAAACGCCGUUACCUAGUGACUUACGUAUCUACAUCCGGAGUACGCCCACCAUUUGGGUAACGACUAACGAGGCCAUGAUGAGGGGGCCCGGGGUUUGCCUCUUUCACCGAUUGUACGGAGUAGCGUGGCGCCUUUUUCUUUCAUUCUUUUGGUGUUCUUGCAGCUUUUCAUCCCGCCACCUUUCUUUUUCCCUCCUUUUCCACCCUCCCGCUUGCCCUGGUCUUUGUUUGGUAUCAUAGGAGUAAGGAUGAAACAUGGGUAGGCCCGCGCCUCGGACCGUACACCCAGCAAAUCUAUUCUUUGUGUCAACUUGCGCUUCGUCCGUGGGCUUUCAAUCGACGUUUCAAGGAGUCCGGUAUUCCCGCAGCUGAU